UGACACUACAUUUCUUUACCCAUGUUUUAACUUGAAACAAAUGCAGUUAAUGUAGGAGCUUGUGAUAAAUGGCUUCAAAUUAAAGUGUGCUUGCCUCCCUAUACUUUGUUCUUGUUGUUUUACUCUAGACCAAGAAGUGAAUUAUUUUGAAAGUUAAAGCAUGGACUUCAGAAUCGCAUCAGUGAUCCUAAUUCUACACAUUUCAGGCUCUCUAACAUUGGACCGUCUCUCUGUGACCUGUGAAAAUAUUUGUGCUCUGAGGGAAACCAAUGUGCAGUUGAAGUGCUCUUAUGACGACGCCAACAUCAAAUCUGUGUUCUGGUUCAGCGAGAAACAAAGUACAAACUGGAGAAAAAACAAUGAACCUGAAAAUUUGACUUUAGACUCAGAUUACUCAGGACGGGUGAAGCAGGUCAUUAGUAAAUACGAAGCAGAACUCACAAUAUCAGACGUGAGAGAGAGAGACUCUGGAGAAUAUCAGCUCAUGUUCAUCAUGAAGGAUGGAGUUAAACAUCUCAGCUCAGCGGCCAUCAGUCUAACAGUCACAGACCUGCAGGUGAGGAUGAAUCCUGCAUCUACAGACCAGAGAAAUCAGAGAAUAGAACUGACCUGUGAGACUUCCUGUGAUUUGACGUCCAGACCUCAGAAGUACUACUGGAAAAAAAAUGGACGAUAUAAAGAAGAUCUUAGUCAUUCCAGGAGCAUUGAAGUUUCACCCAAAGCUGGUGCCAGUUACUCAUGUUUUCUUACUGGAGAUCUUAUGAACUCCUUUCCUGUGUGUGAGGGACACUUAAUAUUUUUAUUUAAUAAGCACUAAUAUAAUAUCAGUGUUUGUUCACAAAUGAAAAUAAGAGGACACAUGUAAAGGUAUUUUCAUACCAAGAUUAAUGUUUGUCAUGUAAAUUCUGUGCAAUUUCCACAUUUGUGUAUUUAAAUAGUGUCAUUACGUCAUGAAAUUAUGUUUUUGGAAGAAAACCACAAGGACUUAUUGUGCCAUUUGAGACAAGGAGCCUAUAAAAA